CGCUAAUUCAAGAUAUUCGUCUCAGCGCCACCCUCAAUUUCGUUGAGUGAUGUCUUACCACAAGUUGUGGAGGAAAGCUCAGGAUAAUCCUACAGAGUUUUCUGUGUGGAUAAGCCUUCUUGAUCUUGUUGAGAAACAGCAAAAUAUUGAAUAUGCCAGACAAGCAUUUGGUGCAUUUUUCAAACGUUUCCCAUACUGCUAUGGAUAUUGGAAGAAAUUCGCGGAUAUGGAACGCCAUAAAGGAAAUAAAGAGAAAUGUUUGCAGGUUUAUGAACUUGGGGUAAAAACUAUACCCUUAAGUGUGGACCUGUGGACAGCUUAUUUGGAUGCUGCCACUGAAUAUUACCACACGCAUGAUGACUAUGAAGAUAAAAUGCGUAGUCUAUAUGAAUCUGCUUUGGAUGCUGCUGGACUUGAAUUUCGUUCGGAUGCAUUGUGGGAGCAUUAUAUUAGUUGGGAAAGUGGGCAUAACCGGUUGGUUAAUGCAGCCAACAUAUAUGCUCGUUUAUUGUCAAUUCCUACUCAGCUUUACUUUCAGAACUGGGACAGCUUCAACAAGUUGGUGGAAGAGAAUCGCCCUGAAGACAUUUUGUCCAAAAAUGAAUUUGCAAGUAUGCUUGCUCAGGCUUCACUGGCUUCCGGCAAGCCUAUAUCGCUUGGAAAGCAAUCAGAAGAAGCCCAUGAUGAGCUAGAACCACCCAUUUUGGGUUCUGCAAAACCGAUGAUUGAGAUAACUGACGCUGUUCGAUCAUCGAUACGACAAAUGAUAAUUGAUUCCCGGGAACAAAUUUAUCGGGCAACUUAUAUGCAAAUUAUGCGGCGAUGGUAUUUUGAAGAAAAGAUUCGUCGUCCAUAUUUUCAUGUAAAACCCCUUGAAGAAGUACAACUGAACAAUUGGGCAGAAUAUAUAAGCUUUGAGGAGGCAGAAGCAGCAACUGUAAUAUCUCACAUAAGCGAGCAAAUAAAAUUAACGCAUCAGUUGUCUGGUGAUGAAUUAGAGGAAGCUGUAUCUCAGUCACCUGAAGUAAAACUUGCUAAACGUCGUGUUCGUAUUCUUUAUGAAAGAUGUCUUGUUGCUUGUGCUCUAUACGAACACUUUUGGAUACGUUAUGCAAAAUAUCUAGAGUACAUUGAAAGAGAUAUACCUGCUGCACGUGAAGUUUGGAGACGUGCAUGCAAUACUCACUUACCAUAUAAACCAACAAUUCAUUGGCAUUGGGGUUGCUUUGAGGAUAGACAUCCUGCCAGUUUGGAUAAUCCUCCUAAAUUUGAAGUACUCACUUGCCUAGAUAUACUAACUGAUUUGGAGAAACGUUUAACUGAUAGUGCUCUUGUAUGCUGUAGGAGAGCGGAUGCUUUACGAAGGGCGGGUAAACCUCUAUUCGAUGUCGUUGCUUGUCUUCGCAAUGGUAUUAAUCGUCUUCGAUACCUAGUUCAAGAACAAAAUAAAGUUGCACAAUGUGUUUCUGGAGCUACUGCUUCUCGUACGGUUGCACAGGCGAUAGCCACAGCAUCACAAGCUCGUGCUGGGGCAGGUGUACUUGCUGGUCGUCUAGCUCGAUUGUUUCAUCGAAAUGAACUAUUGUGCUCCGAGGGAAUACCUGUAUGGAUGCUGUUACUCGGUACAAAGUAUGAAGAAGAUGAAGAUGAACCUGCGCUUAUGGAUAUGCCAAAGACCGAAGAAACAAAGAAUAAUGAAAAACAAGAAGAACCAGAAAGUACUACUAAUGGCACAGAUAAGCCGAGUAAAGAGGAGAACUCCCCAGAAGCAGUUAAAAUGGAUGGUGAUGAUGGUGAUAAUGAAGGGGAGGAUGAUGUAGAUGAAACCACAGAGACGGAAGCUGUGGGCAGUGAUCACGAGACUGAUUCUGAAAUUGAAGCUGCAUCAUCAGAUAACGAUGUAACGAUGGAUGAGGAAACAGAUGAAGAGGCCUCACAAAAGCCUGCGAAAAAUAACACAACUAAUAAAGAUGACUAUACGAAUGAGGAUGAGUUGGACGAAUCUGGUUCUCCACCAAUCUUAGUUGUACCUUGUUCACAAAAGAAAAAGAAACAUCAUAAGCGUAAACACAGAGAAGGCAAGAAGUCAAAAAGAAAACAUGGUUCUAGUAAGCGAGCAAAGUUAGAGGAUAAGGGUUCCAGAGAUGGCAAUGGUGAUGGAGAAGGUGAAGUUAAUGAAGGAAAUGGAUCUGAAGAUGAGUCCAAAGCAUCUCCCGAGGUUGAUCAAGCAGCUGAAGAAGAAGAACGUAUACGUGCCCUCCUGAACAAGCGACACAAAGUAAUUGAAAUUCGUGCUCCUUUACCAUCAGAACUCACGGAUGAAGAUCUUGUAGUUAUCUCUGGUGAAGAAGCAGCCAUCAGAGUCCUUAAAGAGGCCAUUGAGUAUGAUCCACGUAAUGAGCGAUUAUAUACUCAAUUACUCGAUAUUAUAUAUCAGCGUAGGCCAGCCGAUAUUGAAGGUUUUAUUGAAGCCUGUAACCUGGCCACAAUUGAUUCAGUUUUACCAGCACAUAUUAAAUUAGCUUUCUGUCAACGGAAGUUACAGUUUUUAGAAGAAUUCGAUACAGACUUAUCCAGGCUUAAUGCUACAUAUGAGGAAUAUAUAACUCUUUGUGAAGCUGUCAAUACUGGUGUUACUGCUUCAGCUGUUGCUCGUGGAUCUAGUCGUCUAAUGACUGGUUAUCAGUUGCCAGAUCUUCUCAAUUUGCCAACAACCUCUCUUAGAGUAAAUGCUGUGAUUGGUGCCAAUCCAUGUGAAAUGUUAGUUUCUGCUACUCCUGUUAGCCGUACACCAUGUUUGAACACCGAUCAGGCUGCAUUGGAAGCAGCUGCUUCAGUUGGUACACCAGCACCUGAUCCAUCUACAGCUGCUGGUUAUUAUACAGCUGGAGCUUAUGAACCACUUGCUGCUGCUCUUGGUAAUACAUCUGGACUCCCACCUGCAAUUCCUACUGGUAUACCUGUUAUGACACCUUCAGUUGCAAUUCUUCCUGGCAUGUCGGAUACAUCAACUUCAGGUGCAACAGAUCCAUAUGCAGCCUACUACUAUACUGCUCCAGCAGGUGUUACUUCUUCUGUUCUUGCACCAGUUGUUGUUCCAAAAGGAGUUGAUAUGAACUUAUCUGCAUCUUUAGCAGUAUCAUCUUCCACAGUUGCCUCAGUAACCACAGCUACAUCAUCAUCAGCAUCAUCAGUAUCUGUUGCACAGUAAAUUGCAGCACAAGGUUGUCUUUUAUACCCUUGUUUAUUUUGUUAAAAAAGACUGCAUUUCCGGUUACAAUUGUUAUAUAUGUUUUCACUGAUUUCCUUUGUUCUUUCUUGCUUUCUUUUUUUUCUCUCGAAUAAAGUGUGGUUUGUUUUGUG